CCUCCAUGAUCGAUUGACGAUCGACUGAUCGACGUGGGCAGCAUCAAGCCCCCUUGGGGUAACUAUGGCACACAGUGCGCCGUCACUCAGAUGUGGGAGACCGUGUAACCCCCGACGCGGCUAAACCCCGGCUAUCCUCAAUUUUUCGGGGACAGUCUGCGUUGCCGCGACCUCGACUGCAGCUCGAGGACUGAUUGCAAGAUCCCACCUCCCACCACGCCACAACGAUGCCUCCGAGGUUGAACAUCUGGUCGGCCUGCAGAGCUCUUUCGACCCGGGCCCGGGCGUUUGCCCACGGGCCGCACUCCGCACCCGCUGUGCUGGCACGGGGACUGGCCGACAACACGGCCUCUCGGUUCCCGGGCAGCAGUGGCGGCGACGGCAGCAACCUGCCCCCAUCCAUGACGCCAGCUAGCGAGCCUCCCGCCUACUCCAGCGAGGAGAACCGGGUUGCCCUGGAUCAAUUGCGCUUGAUUCAGUACGGGAUCAACCCCCUGGAUCCCGCGCUUGAGGGCCACAAGUUUGGCCUGCCGGAACUGCCGCUGCCGCCGCAAAAGCACAUCAAGCACAGAUACAACGAGGUCGUUGAGCAGAUCACAAGGCUGCUCAUGAGGGAUGGGAAACUGGCCAAGGCGCAGAGAGACAUGGCCAUGAUUCUCAACUACCUCCGCACACAACCACCCCCGAAGCUCGACCCGGCGAGACCCCUCCUCCCCGGCGCGCCUCCGGCACACCACCUCCCGUUAGAUCCCGUCCUCUACUUCGGCCUCGCCAUCGACUCGGUCGCCCCCCUGAUCAAGAUCCGCGCUUUCAAGAAGCUGGCGGGCGGCGGCAGGGCGCUCGAUGUUCCCAUGCCGCUGCGGGCGCGGCAGCGGCGGAGAAUCGCCUUCCAGUGGAUCCUUGACGUGGUCAACAAGAAGAAGUCGAUGGGCAGCGGCCGGACCAUGUUCCCGCACCGCGUGGCGGAGGAGAUCGUCGCCGUCGUCGAGGGUCGGUCGCCCGUGUGGGACAGGCGCAUGCAGGUGCACAAGCUGGGCACCGCCAACCGUGCCAACCUGAACCACUCGGGUGUCGUGGGGAAGAUUUGAGAGAGCAGCGGGUGGGGAGGAGUCGGAAGGAUUGGAUCGGUGUCAUACUCGCGCAGAUGCUCUUUGCCACAGGACUGUCUUGCAACGAGGCGCGGCGUUGAGUUUGGGGCGCGAGUUCCAGUGUACUACUGUAGAAUAAUUGUAUGGGUUAUAUGUGUAACAAUUGCUUCCUGGACCGUUGUUUG